AAAGCGGAGUCCCGGUCACCUUUAGGGACCUAAAAGUAGGGUUUUGGCUUAGGUAGCGGUGCAGAGAUGUGGUUCGAGAUUCUGCCUGGAGUUCCCAUUAUGGCCGUGUGUUUGAGUAUCCCCCAAGCGGCCACCGCGCACAUUAACAAGUUCACUAAUGGGCACAAGGAAAAAAGGAUUGCUCAUUUUCAUUAUCAGUGGAGUUUGAUGGAAAGAGAUAAGUGCAUCUCUGGAGUUAAUCGUCACUAUGUGACUAAGGGUUUGGAGAACAUUGAUUAAAGAAGCAUUUUCCUGAUUGAUGGAAAAUAACUCAUUUAUGGUCAUCUACCCCUGUUAGAAGGUUGUGUAAUGUAUU